AUGAAAGAAUUAUGGCUGCUCUCGCUCACGACAACGCUAUGGUCUGUUUCUUCCUUCACUACUGCUGCACUGUCACGCUUUAGCGCUUUCUCGAGCGACCGCUAUGUUCGCCAGAGUCGCGCUGAUCCCGAGCAAAUUGUGCCGCUAGUCAUUGGACUAGUCCCCAACGACUUUAAUACACUUGAACGAGAGCUUUACCUUGUCUCUAAUCCAUCCCAUACGCAGUACGGUCAAUAUCUCGCCCAAGAACAAGUAAAUCACCUCUCGCGACCAUGUGAUGGUGCGCUUGAGGCGGUGCGCACUUGGGUCUCAAAUUUCUCAUACGAAAAUAGCAUGGGGACCUUUUCGGCCACGUCAAAUUUGUUCAAGGUCCAGAUACAGGUGAAACACAUUGAAAGAAUGCUAGAAACGGAGCUUUACAAUUACGAUGUGAAAAAGACAGAGAGUGUAGCAUCGUCAAGUCGGCGGAAAUUGAUUCGAGCGUCGACUGAUGUAUCAGUGCCGGAACAUCUAAAGGAUGUUGUGUCGUUUUUGAGCACGAAUACGCACCCGCUGGGACUGCGAGCGCUUGGAGCUGCAACUUCGCAAGUAGAAGAUAAGAUAGGCAGUCCAGGUACUACGCUGGAAAUGAUUCGCCAAACAUACGGUAUCCCUGCUGACCUCGUGGUGACAAAUCCAGCCAACACGCAGUGCGUGACAUCCUUCUUUAACGAGUCGUACAAAUCGUCCGACUUGGAUGUCUUUUUUACUCGGUUUUUACCAGGAGAUAGCCCACCACAUAUUAUCGAGAAAGGUGAUCGAGUGGACCCCCAUCAAUGGGCCACCACGGAGGCAUCGCUGGACACGCAAUAUGUCACAGGUGUUGGUCGUAACGCCACGACAUUUGUUUGGACUAUGAACGGAAGCAAUCCGUACUCAUCGGAAGAUGAACCGUUUGUUGAGUUUGCUGAAGACGUGCUAGCACUGGAAAACCCUCCACUCGUUAUCUCCAUUAGCUAUUCAGAUGACGAAGAACACAUUUUUGAUGUCUCGGCGGGCUACGCACGUACCUUGGACACUCUUCUUAUUAAAAUGGGACUGCGUGGAAUGACAGUGGUCAUUGCCGGUGGCGAUGACGGUGUGACUGGCUUGCGCACUGAAUUUGAAAAGAUACCCUUCGAGGACACGUGUUUGCAAAGUGGUCCGCAGUGGCCGUCCUCGAGUCCAUACAUCACCACGGUGGGUGCCACAAUGUUUUUAAGCAACGCGCAGCAAGUGGCAAAGCCAUUCUUCCGUACGAAGGAGGAAGUGGCUUGCAGUGUCGAGAACGGUGGAAUCAUUACAACUGGUGGUGGGUUCUCUAACAUUUACUCGAUGCCGGAAUACCAGGUCACAGCGGUUGAAAGAUAUUUGAGAACUCGGGAUAUUCCGACCACCCCCGGAUUCUUCAAUGCCAGUGGACGUGCCUAUCCCGAUGUAUCGGUACUGGGCUCACAAUUUAUUGUGUAUAUAAAUGACCGUCUCUUGUCGGCGUCUGGAACAUCAGCAUCUACGCCUGUGUUUGGCGCAAUGGUAACGCUAUGGAACGACAUGCGGUUAAACGCCGGUAAAAGCCCGCUAGGAUUCAUUAACCCCCUACUCUACUAUCUUGCAGAGACACAGCCCGACGCAUUUCACGAUGUGGUCGUAGGGAAUAUUGGGGCCCCGCGUGGUAAACAUGAUCCGUGUGAAGAUUCAUUUAGUGCUGCAGCUGGAUGGGAUGCAGUCUCUGGAGUCGGCACGCCCAAUUUUUCAGUGAUCUCCACGUUCAUUGAAACCCUCGAAGAUCACUUCAAUAUUUCUCAGCUGGACAACUCGAAACGCUCCGCCAUGGGCGAUGUGAGCAACAAUUUGGUAAGCUUAACAACUGGAGUCGGUGAAAUGAGUACAUUUACGAUGGUGCUGCUGAUAGCAGCCGUAGCGGCAAACGUCACAAUCGGCAUCGUUGUAGUGGUCGCACUGGCAAAGCGGUGGAGAAACCAGUAUACACCACUUGAUGAUGUUAUCAGUGGAAACGCCGCUUCUGUUUCGACAACUUCUUCCGCAUCUCGCAUCGAGCAAUUAAAUUCGGAAGCUGAUAAUAGUGAAGAUGAUGUGGAGCUGAGUGAGAUCAACCUGAAAUAA